GGUGGUAACCGGUUGAAGUACAGUGAUGCUCCAGCGGAGAUCCACUGCGCGUUUUACGCACUCGGGGUUGCCAGAUUGGGGGAUUCCCUUUGCGCAAAGCCAGGAAUAUAAGCUUGUGUAGCGCAGACACACUUGGAUACACUUUAGACUCGUUCCCAACCAUUUAUUAUUUUUUUAUUAUUUUUUUUGCCUGCGCAAUCUGGCAACCCUGGACGAAACUGAACGUGAGAUGCGCAGCGGAGAGACAUGGCCUCGGGACUGCAGCGGCAAACCACAAGAAAGUGAAAGGGUGAAGUGAGCUGGGUUGUGCUUGUGUGUGUGUGUGUGUGUGAGGCUCGGCUCGGCGGUGCGCCAUGGUGGAGCUGGAGAAGGAGGUGCUGCCGCUGCCGCCGCGCUACAGAUUCAGAGACCUGUUGCUCGGAGAAUGGCAGACUGACGACAGAGUCCAGGUAGAGUUUUACGUCAAUGAGAACACGUUUAAGGAACGGCUAAAGCUCUUCUUCAUCAAAAACCAGAGAUCCAGUCUGAGAGUGCGGCUCUUCAACUUCUUUUUGAAGGUGGUGAGCUGCCUGCUUUACAUCGUCCGAGUGCUGCUGGAUGACCCGCGCGAGCAGAGGGACUGCCCUGGCUGUCUUAGACAGAAUGUCUCUACACAGAAUAAAAGCCACUUUGACUGGUCUCUCAUUAUCUGGGUGAACAGACCUUUGCCGCUUUGGGCGCUCCAGGUCCUUGUGGCUUUCAUCAGCUUUUCAGAAACCAUGUUGCUUGUAUACCUGAGCUACAAGGGUAACGUUUGGGAGCAAGUGUUGCGUGUGCCGUUCAUCCUGGAGAUGAUCAGCGCUGUCCCUUUUGUCAUCACUGUGAUUUUACCCUCGCUUCGAAACCUGUUCAUCCCUGUUUUUCUCAACUGCUGGCUGGCCAAACACGCCCUAGAAAACAUGAUUAAUGAUCUACACAGAGCUAUCCAGCGCACUCACUCAGCUAUGUUCAACCAGGUGCUCAUCCUCAUCAGUACCCUCCUCUGCCUCAUCUUCACCUGUAUCUGUGGGAUUCAGCACCUGGAGCGAGCAGGAAACAACCUCACCCUCUUCGACUCGCUGUAUUUCUGCGUGGUCACCUUCUCCACCGUGGGCUUCGGAGACGUCACGCCGCAGAUCUGGCCCUCGCAGCUCCUUGUGGUCAUCAUGAUCUGCGUGGCUCUCAUUGUGCUGCCCAUUCAGUUUGAGCAGCUGGCGUUUCUGUGGAUGGAGAGACAGAAGUCUGGGGGGAACUACAGCCGCUACAGAGCGCAGACCGAGAAACACGUCGUGCUCUGCGUCAGCUGUCUGAAGAUAGAUCUCCUCAUGGAUUUCCUCAACGAGUUCUUCGCUCACCCCAGACUGCAGGACUACUAUGUGGUGAUCCUCUGUCCGACAGAGAUCGACGUCCAGGUACGGCGCAUCCUGCACAUCCCACUGUGGGCUCAGAGGGUCAUCUACCUGCAGGGUUCAGCGCUUAAAGACCAAGAUCUCAUGAGGGCCAAAAUGGAUGAUGCCGAGGCGUGUUUUAUCCUGAGCAACCGGUUUGAAGUGGAUCGCCUCGCUGCUGAUCACCAGACUAUUCUCCGAGCCUGGGCGGUGAAGGAUUUUGCUCCAAACUGUCCUCUCUACGUCCAGAUCCUUAAACCUGAGAACAAGUUCCACGUCAAAUUUGCAGAUCAUGUGGUGUGUGAAGAGGAGUUUAAGUAUGCCAUGCUCGCCCUAAACUGUGUGUGUCCGGGCACGUCCACUCUGAUUACCCUACUGAUUCAUUCCUCCAGAGGACAAACACCACCUUCAGAAACCUUCAAGCAGAGAGGAGGAGCCUUUCAGACUCUUACCAGGGAGGGCGGAGCAAACUCAGCUGACCAAUGGCAACGCACGUAUCGCCGCUGCUCGGCCAAUGAGGUGCACCACAUCCGGCUGGAAGAGAGCAAGUUUUUCGGGGAGUACCAGGGCAAGAGCUUCACCUUUGCUUCAUUCCAUGCACACAAGAAAUACGGCGUGUGCCUUAUUGCAGUACGGAGACUAGACACGGCCAACAUCCUGUUGAACCCUGGGCCGUGCCAUAUAAUGGGCGCUUCAGACAUCUGCUUCUACAUCAACAUCUCCAAAGAGGAGAACUCAGCCUUCGUGCGGGGCCACAGAGAACCCACCAGGGGCUCCGGGGACAGCUCCAGAGGCGUCCCACAAACCAUCUACCACGGACUCACACGUCUGCCUGUCCACAGCAUCAUUGCAAGCAUGGGCACGGUGGCCAUAGACCUCCAUGACUCCAGCGACAGCAGUCCUGAAGGCUCUGGCCCAGGAGGCGUGGCUCUGAGUACAAGCAGACCUGGACGCAGCGGAACCCGCGUGGAAGUGGGUGGUGGGAACACCUUGGCCCCGCCCACUAUGGGUGACUCGGGUGAGGACAGGAGGCACAGCAUUGCUCCAGUGUUGGAACUUGUAGAUGGUGUCCACAGCCCUACGUUUGACCUGCUGGGGGACCAGUCGGAGGACGAGGGGGGAGAGGAUGGCAAAGAAGAAGAGGAGGAAGAGGAAGAGGAAGUGGCGGAGCGGGGGGAGCACAAGGGCCAAUGGUGGGGAGCGCAGGGCGAGUGGGUAAAGGGAUAUCCCCUGAAUUCCCCAUACAUUGGAAGCUCUCCUGCCCUUUGCCACCUCCUCCAGGAGAAGAUGCCUUUUUGCUGCCUUUGCUUGGAUAAGGCGUGUCCUCAUAUGCCCUAUGAGGACGCUCGCUCAUACGGUUUCAAGAACAAACUCAUUAUCGUGUCGGCUGAAAGCGCCGGUAAUGGGCUUUACAACUUUAUCGUGCCUCUGCGAGCAUACUACAGACCCAGGAAGGAGCUAAACCCUAUAGUGCUCCUGCUGGAGAGCAUACCUGAAGCAGAUUUCCUCGAGGCUAUCUGCUGGUUCCCCAUGGUCUUCUACACUGUGGGAUCUAUCGAUAAUCUGGACAGUCUUUUGCGCUGCGGCGUGACAUUCGCAGACACCAUGGUGGUGGUAGAUAAGGAGAGCUCGAUGAUCGCCGAGGAGGACUACAUGGCCGAUGCUAAAACCAUCGUCAACGUACAGACUCUUUUCAGGCUUUUCCCAGCUCUCAGCAUAAUCACAGAACUCACGCACCCAGCCAACAUGCGCUUUAUGCAGUUCAGAGUGAAAGACCACUACUCACUCGCCCUCUCCAAACUAGAGAAGAAGGAGCGAGAGCGUGGCUCCAACCUGGUCUUCAUGUUCCGCUUGCCCUUCGCCGCUGGGAAGGUGUUCAGUGUCAGCAUGCUGGACACGCUGCUGUAUCAGUCCUUUGUGAAGGACUACAUGAUCUCCAUCACCAGAUUACUGCUGGGAUUGGACUCCAUGCCUGGCUCAGGCUUCCUGUGUGCAAUGAAAAUCACAGAGGAGGACUUGUGGAUUCGCACUUAUGGCCGGCUGUACCAGAAGCUCUGCUCGUCCACAGGAGACAUUCCUAUCGGCAUCUACCGCACAGAGGCUCAUAAACUCCCCGUGUCUGAGUCUCAGGUGUCCAUCACAGUAGAGGACUACGAGGACACACGGGAGCUGCGGGAGCCUCUGCUCUAUCGCUCUGGUCCACAUCGCAACUCCACCUCAUCUGAGCCACCCUCCUCUUCCUCCACAUCCUCCCACACCAUGGACCACCCUCUGCUGAGAAGGAAGAGCAUGCAGUGGGCACGGCGGCUGAGCCGGAAAAGCGGACGGGGGUCCAGUGGUGCCAAGGGAGCGGGUAGUGCUGCCGAGAGGAUCACACAGCAGAGACUCAGCCUGUUCCGGCGCUCGGAGAGGCAGGAGCUCAACGCACUGGUCCGAACACGCAUGAAGCACCUCGGACUGUCGCCAACUGGAUUCAAUGGAAUGACUGAUCAGGGCAACAGACUCUCCUACAUCCUCAUCAACCCCUCACCUGACACGCGGCUUGAGCUUCACGAUGUCGUGUAUCUGAUCCGACCUGAUCCUCUGUCUCUGGUGCCUAACCAGGGGAGCGGUCGGAAGCCCUGCGUCUGCAAAUCAGACACGGAUCGCCACCGCUUCAACACGCAGGACAGCACUCACCUCUGAACACACACCAGCACAAGUACACAGCAGCUUGGACGUGUGUAUGUGUGUAUGUGUAUACAGGAGAGAGAGAGAGAGAGAGAGAGAGAACCAAGAGACCGGAGAAGACUGGCCUGUGAACUGAAACUGAUUCUAGUCAGUUGUUCUUUUUUAUCCAGAAGACUGCUGAAUGCAUGGACCAGAAACGUUUUAUUUAUGCAUUGUUUUUGUUUUUUGGAAGCCGAGGCCACGUAAGUGCAUUUAAACGCAAGUCCAUAAUUUGUAUUAGUCUACGUGCAUGUAAAUGUAUGUUCAGUAGCCAACACUGCCAAUCCAUUCUGGACUGCCAAAGGAACAACAUUGCCAAAUGUCUGCUAAAGGAAACAGAACUCCUCUGACGUUGUCUCAUGAGUGCCCGUCACAUCCCUUAUGUCCUCUCUUCAUUUCUUUUUUCCUGCUAUACCCAGUGGCAGGGAUAUCAUACGUUUCAAAUAUGGGUUGGCUUGUUCGGCUCCCUGUGGCGUUUCAGCGUGGUCCAGAAGCACAGCGGGGACACAGAAGCUUAUUACACAGGCAAAGAAUCAAAUAAGUGAACUUUAUUUCACUCUCUGUCUGUUUUGUUCUUCUCAAACAAGACUGUUGAAACUUCUACAUCUGUAAUUAAUUCAGUUUCUUUACACUUCAGAUCAUUUCUGUGCAACAGUCUUCACUGUGUUGUGAUGUUAACCUCAAUAAGGAUUGUGUAUUUAGCUCUUUAGUUAGCUUUUUAACCCUGUUGCCUAACCAUCGUUUUUGCCCCCUAUCAUCCGAGCGUGUUGUUACUGGCAUGCCCAGAGAGGAGCCUGCAUGCCAGAAUCGCCAUAUACCCAGACUGUGCUGUGCUCCUGCUGGCGACAGGCUACAGCUGCUUUUAUUCACCACCAUUCACACACAAAGGCA